AUGAUGUUGGAAGGGGUUAUAGGAUCGGGUGAGACCAGUAAUGUUUCGCUAGAUCCAAGAGGGCUGACAAAGGGAAUCCAAGUGUUUGAAGAGUACGAGAAACUGUCGACAGUGGACGUCGUUGGACAGCCAAUAGUUCACAACUCGGCUUUACAGCAGACAACAGGAGAAGCAGAAUUUGUUGAUGAUAUGCUCAAGCUAGAAGGUGAACUGUUUAUCGCAUUUGUAUUCAGCACCAAAGCUCGAGCCAAAAUUCUUAGUGUUGAUACAAGUGCUGCCUUACAAAUGCCAGGAGUGAAGGAUUAUGUCUGUGACAAAGAUGUGCCUGGAAGAAACAUUCUUGGAUUGUGGGAAUCCAGCAAUGAGGAAAUAUUUGCAUCUCAACAAGUUUAUUGCCGAGGACAAAUCAUUGGAGGUAUCGUAGCUGACACAAAAGAGCAUGCACAGAUGGCAGCAAAAAAGGUCAAAGUUGAAUAUGAAGAAAUGAAGCCCAUCAUAACUAUUGAGGAUGCCAUUGCAAACAACUCUUUUGAAUGUGACCCAGUAACUUCAGAACGCAAGCCGCUGACUUUGGAACAGGGUGACACUGAAGCUGGUUUCGCCAAGUCCGACCACGUGAUUGAGGGGGAAGUCCGAGUAGGGGCACAGGAACAUUUUUAUCUGGAGCCAUAUUCACACCAACCAGUGUGCCACAACUCGUCUAAGGCUGUGGUUCUUCGUACUGACAUUGUGAUGGAUGUUGGAAGGAGUCUGAAUCCUGCAGUUGAUAUUGGUCAGAUUGAAGGAGCUUUCACACAGGGAUAUGGGCUGUUUUGUUUGGAGCAUUAUAAAAUCAACCCAGAAGGAGUUCUUCUGACACAAGGUCCGAGUACUUACAAAAUUCCAUCAUUCAGGAAUGUUCCUGUGGAAAUGAAUGUUCAUCUUCUGAAAGGAAGUCGCAACGAUGAAGCCAUUUUCUCUUCUAAGGGAGUUGGUGAACCUCCACUGUUCUUGGGGUCGUCAGUCUUCUUCGCCAUCAAAGAUGCCAUAGCGUCUGCCAGUGUUGAUGAGGGCAUCACUGGUUACUUCAGGAUCGACAGUCCAGCUACACCAGACAAAAUCAGAAUGGCAUGUCAAGACAGGUUUACCAAACAGUCUCCAGUCAAAGAGAGGGGUUCUGAGACGCCAUGGUUUGUGGAUCUGUAAACUCUCGGUGGUUGCAUCGGAGAAUUAAUUUAAGGGAAGGAACAAAUUGGUCUGUUGGAAUUCAUGUGCACUGUUUGUGCAAAAAUUGUGAACUAAUUUUUGAACCAUGACAAUUAGAAAAAUCAUGUCAUUUUUAAUUUACAAACCAUUUUAAAUAAUAAAACUUAAAGAGACAGACCGUAAUUUUAAAAUGCUAUUUUUACAAUCAGAGACAUUUUUGAUAAUUGAAAUAGACUUUAUUUAUAUGAAUUUUUUUUUUAUAUUAUGCAUUUUCGUGCAAUCAAAGUGUUUAUGGUCAUCCUAGUGUUUCUAAUGACAUGAAAUAAAAAAAAAAAAUGUUUUUAAAUGAACCUACCUCUGAGAAGUAACGGAAGUGGAAACAAGCCCAAGUCUACUUAAUAAGGUUAUUUUCCCAUUUCAAAUGUGAUACAGGUGUGUAGAUUAAUACAAGUUGGUGUCCAUUUUUAUAGGUUGAAACUAGGAUCUGCAAUUUUAAUUGGUGUUGCAAAAUUGAUUUUUAAUUUUAGAUUUAAAAUUAUUUUUAAAGAUUCUUCGUUUCAUUAUUAGUGAAAUCAGCUGAAUUUAUCAGUAACAUACAUUGUUGUUUACUGUUUUGACCGAACCGAAAACCUGCUUAAACAUUGCUCCAAAAUGCAAACAUUUUGUAUUAACGUGUUAAGCAGUGUAAUCAUUAUGCGAUUAUUCAUACCAGCUUGUCGCAUGCAAUUGAAUCCUAUUUUGAGGACGUCUAAAUUGGAAUAAAUUUAGUCUUAAACUUUUCAAUGUUUGUACAGCCCACAAAUCGUUACAAGUCUGUACAACUAAUCGCAUAAUGAGAAUGUUACUUUAACGACUUGGAAAUAAAAAAAUUCGAGCAUACGAGAACGCAGUUAAAAUUGAGUAUUAUUGUCCAAGAAACAAAACAUUAAUUCAAAUAAAAUAUUAUCUUGUUUCUGUUUUUUAUAGGUGUGUUUCAGAUUUAAUUGUAAGGAUUGUCCAUUAUUUCUUUAAGAUCAUCGGGGUUUGAAUAAUAGCAAAGCAUAACAGUCACAAUAAAUGUUUGUGUAAACGGCUUCACCAAUGUACACAAAUUGCACAUGCGUUUUAGUCUCAUGCUGAUCCAACUGGAGGGCACUCUGGGUUAUGUCUCAUUCUAUCUGUCCAUCUGUCCCACAUGUAGUUUUAGUCUCAUGCUGAUCCAACUGGAGGGCACUCCGGGUUAUGUCUCAUUCUAUCUGUCCGUCUGUCCCACAUGUAGUUUUAGUCUCAUGCUGAUCCAACUGGAGGGCACUCUGGGUUAUGUCUCAUUCUAUCUGUCCAUCUGUUCCACAUGUAGUUUUAGUCUCAUGCUGAUCCAACUGGAGGGCACUCUGGGUUAUGUCUCAUUCUAUCUGUCCGUCUGUCCCACAUGUAGUUUUAGUCUCAUGCUGAUCCAACUGGAGGGCACUCUGGGUUAUGUCUCAUUCUAUCUGUCCGUCUGUCCCACAUGUAGUUUUAGUCUCAUGCUGAUCCAACUGGAGGGCACUCUGGGUUAUGUCUCAUUCUAUCUGUCCGUCUGUCCCACAUGUAGUUUUAGUCUCAUGCUGAUCCAACUGGAGGGCACUCUGGGUUAUGUCUCAUUCUAUCUGUCCGUCUGUCCCACAUGUAGUUUUAGUCUCAUGCUGAUCCAACUGGAGGGCACUCUGGGUUAUGUCUCAUUCUAUCUGUCCGUCUGUCCCACAUGUAGUUUUAGUCUCAUGCUGAUCCAACUGGAGGGCACUCUGGGUUAUGUCUCAUUCUAUCUGUCCGUCUGUCCCACAUGUAGUUUUAGUCUCAUGCUGAUCCAACUGGAGGGCACUCUGGGUUAUGUCUCAUUCUAUCUGUCCGUCUGUCCCACAUGUAGUUUUAGUCUCAUGCUGAUCCAACUGGAGGGCACUCUGGGUUAUGUCUCAUUCUAUCUGUCCAUCUGUCCCACAUGUAGUUUUAGUCUCAUGCUGAUCCAACUGGAGGGCACUCUGGGUUAUGUCUCAUUCUAUCUGUCCGUCUGUCCCACAUGUAGUUUUAGUCUCAUGCUGAUCCAACUGGAGGGCACUCUGGGUUAUGUCUCAUUCUAUCUGUCCGUCUGUCCCACAUGUAGUUUUAGUCUCAUGCUGAUCCAACUGGAGGGCACUCUGGGUUAUGUCUCAUUCUAUCUGUCCCUCUGUCCCACAUGUAGUUUUAGUCUCAUGCUGAUCCAACUGGAGGGCACUCUGGGUUAUGUCUCAUUCUAUCUGUCCAUCUGUCCCACAUGUAGUUUUUCAGACUUUUUCACGAUGCCUCAAGGUAUUGAGCUGAUAUUUUGUGUAAAACUUUAUCACGUGUAAUUGCAGAUCAAGGUUGACUUUCAUGGUAAUUAACCUAUUUUUCACUGUCAUGGCCCAUGAACGUGUGAGAUAACAAAAUGGUCCGGUAGGUGACAUGUCUAGCUUUAGCAGUACUCUCAGAAUGCUUGUUUUAAACAUACACCAAUGAAUCUAAAACUAAAAUAAUAGAUCAUCCUUAAGUGUUGAAAUCCAUAUAUACACGUAUUUCAAGACUUGAGGAUUUAGUUGUGUUUUUUGGUCAAACUAAUAUAUUGAAAUCUGUGUAUACUGUUAUGUCUUGUUAAACUAAUUUGUUGAAAUCCACAAUUUCUGUGUCCGCUCAUGAUGUAUUUAAACCAUAUUUUCACUUGCUGCUUUGAAAAAUUGGUUUCACACAUCACUUGUUGACAUAGGAGUCAUUGCAGAAAAAACAAUGAAAGCCUAUUCAUAUUUACAUGCUUAAAUACCAUAAAUUGUAAUGCUUUAAUAUAUAUAUAUAUAUAUGUAUAUGCAUGCAUAUGCAUGUACAUACACAUACACAUACACAUACACAUACACACACACACACACACACACACACACAUAUAAAUGCAUAUGCAUAUAUAUAUAUGUAUGUAUGUAUGUAUAUACUACUAUGCACUUGGAAAUUAAUUAAGCACUACCUGUCUUUCCUGCUGUCAAUCUUUUGCAAUCAUCUCUGUAUACACAGAACAUUAAUUUUCGUGUUUUGUAUCCACGAAAUGGUCACAAUUACAUGGUCACAUGGUCCAAACUUGGUGAUGCUAAAUUAAUUUACAGGUGUAAGUAUACACACAAUUGUAUAUGUGUAUAUAAACGUGUAUAUGGUUCAGACAAACAAAUAUUGUAAAAAGUACAGUGGGCAAAGAAUAAAAUCUGAUUUGAUUUUAA